ACCGUCUGUCUAGAUUGCUAUGUCUCGGUCAUCUUGGACUGUCCUGAUUUGACCUGUCAUCCGGCCGACCUGGUGAUGAGGUUGCUUCUGUAAUAUUUCAUCCUCUGUUUUUGGACCUGCAAUGCCACUUCUGCCAGACACAGUGGAAGCAGAGCACUUUGACGGACUAUCCCUGCUCUACUGGACAAUCAUGGGCCCCCACGGCAUCAACCGUGCUGUGCAAAGACUGGAAUUCUCUGACUGCAAACAAGGACUUGGGGUGAAGAUUAUUGGAGGUUACAGAGAGCUGAGUGGUGAAGAGUUUGGGAUUUUCAUUAAGCGAGUGUUACCUGGUAGUGUUGCAGCACAGGAUGGACGACUUAAAGCAGGUGACCUCAUUUUAGAUGUCAACAACAUGAAUUUAGCUGGGGUUACAAAUGAAAGGGCAGUGGAGAUUCUGCGCAUGGCAUCAGCCACAAAUCACAUGUCUCUUCUAAUUGCGCGUGAUGAGAAGUCCAGGAAAGAGUUUGCUGAGCUCAUGGAGAAAUAUGGCUCCAACAGCAAUACAAGUUCAGGGACAGACAGGAUUUCUCCUACUUUUCUGUCCACAGGUAAAUUGACUGACACUGCAUCUUCGUCAUCAUCAUCCAGAUCAACAAGCCCUCAGAUCUUGAGUCCUAAAGAUUGUAGCACAAACCCUAUUACUCCACAUAUCUGCUGCGACUGCAUGAUUCAGCUAAUAUGUGUUGCAAAGGGAACAGGGCUAGGCUUGGUCAUUAAAGGUGGUGCAAACCGUGCAGACGGUCCAAUGGUCUUCAUUCAGGAUAUCAUGCCUGGAGGAGACUGUCAAAGGGAUGGAAGACUAAAAGCCGGAGAUCAACUCAUAUCAAUUAAUAAAGAGUCCUUAAUUGGAGUAACAAAUGAGGAGGCCAAAAGCAUAUUAACCAGAACAAAGCUCAGACCUGACCCGACAGUGGAAAUAGCUUUUAUCAGGCGGAGGUCUUCCUCUGGCUCCAGCAGUGGUCCACAUAGUCCUAUUUCCCUGCAGCCCCUAUCAACUACAGGGUCCCCUGGUCUCAGACCAGUUGCUUCAGCCCUUGGGGGAGUAACUGUAACUACGCCUGGAGGGCUAAUGCAUAAACUGAUUCCUGCUUCUAUCACUGGAAGUGAAACAUUGCCUUCUAUCCAACUUACUCAGGUACAAUCAGUACCUGUAAAACCAGAGAUUCCUUUAGUCACUUCUCCUGACAGUGCCUGCACCACCGUGGACAACCCCGUUUUGUCUUCAGAUGCCACUUCUGCCUCUAAGUUCAACACCACGGUCGCUGUCAAUCAGCCAAAGCCUUCGUCACUCACAUCCAGCUGCCGAAUCAAACUGGAGAAGCUGGAACAGGUACCAGAGGUCUUGGGCUUAAAGCUGUCCGAGUGGCAGCUUCAGUCACUGAGAGAGAGACUCCAUGUGGACCAAGAAGGAAAGGUGGCCUAUGGAGAUUUUGAAUCUCUGACGAAGGACGUCUUGAAGAUGGUAAAUAAAUCAGAUGUGCGACAGCAACCAUCCAGAAUCACUUCUGAUGAUCUGACUGACCCUUCAUCAAACCAACAAGUAUCAACAUCUGACUCUGAUGACCUGGAUGAGAUGGAAAGAAUGAGAAAAGAUUACACUGAAUCCUUAAGAAAAAUAAAGAGACUGCAGGAUAAGGUGGUAGAGACAGAGAGCCUGUGUCAGGAGAUGCAGCAGGAGCUGACUAAACUCAAGCAGGAGGCAAAAUCGGCAGUGGAUGCGAGAAGAUCGCUGCAGACCCAAGUCCAACUGGCUGAGGCUGCUCAAAAGCAGGCACUUAGGAUGGAGGUGGACUAUGAAGAGGUCAUCCACCUUCUGGAGGAAGAGAUAGCAGAGAUGAAGUCUCAGAGAGCAGAAAAGUCAGACCAAUCCAAGGAAGAUCAGGAUUUGAAGAAAAGAAUUGGUUUGCUUGAGUAUCAAUUACGAAAAAACGAAGUUGCAAAGAAAGGCUUUGAAAACUCCACUGGCAAACUUCUACACUUUGUAGAGGUCAUUCAAGACUUCCUAACAGAAAAUCAAGAAUCUUUAAAGACUUUUGGCUCUGAAAGUGAGCCAAAGCUGACUACACUGUCUCAAACUCUGGCUACAGACAGUGGAAGGAAAGCAUCUGCAACAGCCUCCACACUUGCUCUGGAGGCUCGGGAGCUUAUUCAAACAGUUCAAGCCAUCAUAGCGGUGGACUGUUUACCCUAUGGCUGGGAUGAAGCAUAUACUGCAAAUGGAACCAAAUACUACAUUAACCAUGUGACUCAGACAACAUCAUGGACCCACCCUGUGAUGAACUCCUUCGGUCUGCCUGAAAAAGAGGCAAACAAGCCAACGCAGAACUCACCAGAGUACGAAGGCUAAACCCAAUCUUACAACAAUGUCC